UUUUCGCUCCACUCGGGCGCUCAAGUACGCUUUUCGCACGCCCCUCCCUUCCCCGAUUCUCUCUACGUCGUCGUCUCCGUCGCGCUCACGCAGGGGCUCGGCGCUCGCUCCGCGGCCGCGGCCAUGGCGAGGGCGCCGUUAAAGCUCGACUGGGGCGAUCUCCUACCCGGCCGUGGCGAAGCUCCGCCGCCGGAGGUGGAGGUCGUCGCCUCCGGCGGCGGCGGCGGCGGCGCUUCCGGGGAGGACGCGGAGGAGUUGGCGCGGCUCUCCGAUCGCGAGAUCGAGGAGCGGAUCCGGAGGCUCGACGAUCUCGACUUAUCGAUGAGUCGGAAGCUCCGCGACGACGGGGAGAAGCUGCGGCGCAGCCGAUCGAAGUUGCAGGACGAGCUCCAGCGGAGACGAGUUAUCGCUCGGGAUAUGAAGGAAGUUGAAGCAUGCGAAAGGGUCACAAUUUCCAAAAAUAAAGGAUCGUCCGCUUGGUUUGAUGUAUUCAAUUCCUGCUUCCAAUCAUCUUCCCCCUCCCGAUCUACAAGGAAGUUUGAGAGCCAGGAAAGGGCUCCAUCUGCCACUGGCCUAGGUCAUCUUGGUGGUGAUAAGUCCAGAAGUUUAAGGAUUGGACGACGAAUAUCUCAGUUGUUGACCAAAACGUCUUCCAGCAAUCUGUCUUCUAAAUGCUCUGCCCAUGAUUUUCAACAGAGCAUUUCCACUGUUGGCUGUAAUGACACUGACUCUGAACAUUUUUCUAGAAGGGAUAAAAAUGUAGCUAGUUGCAAUAAGAGGAGGAAAGCUUGUAAUCCUGUGGGUUCAUCAAAUUCUGACGUCCAAAGGGCUCAGGAAGUGGUUCUUUUGGAUGAUGAUGAUGAUGUACAACCUAUAGAGUCAAUCGAAGAAGAUAUAUAUGAAAAAGGCCAAUCAAGCUCUCAAGAUGCUGCUGUUGAUUUAACUGAACUAGCUUGUACUUCCGGGAGGGAACCUAAGAUCUACUAUCCUUCGAGGAAUGAUCCAGAAGCCUUUGAACUUACUUAUUCGGAUAUAAAAUGUCUAGAUCCUGAAUCAUACAUAUCAUCACCUAUAAUGAACUUUUACAUUCAGUACCUUCAAAGAUCCCUAUCUCAUGGGGUGAAGCCAAAGGGAGACUACCAUAUAUUUAACACAUAUUUCUACAAAAAACUUGAGGAAGCUCUGUCCAGAAAGGGUGAUGCUAACAUACAUUUCCAGAAGUUGAGGCGGUGGUGGAAAGGUGUAAACAUAUUCCAAAAGGCAUACAUCUUUUUGCCGAUUCAUGGACAUAUGCACUGGAGCUUGAUCAUUAUAUGUAUUCCUGCAAAAGAAGAUGAAUCAGGACCAAUUAUACUUCAUUUGGACUCACUGGGGCUUCAUCCUAGUAGUCCGAUUUUUAACACCGUUAAAAGAUUUCUUGAAGAAGAAUGGCACCAUGUUAUAAAGAAUGUUACACCAGAUCUUCCAAUUUCAGAGAGAGUAUGGGAACGACUUCCCAGUGAGAUCCAGGCGAAUAAAGUUGCGGUGCCCCAGCAGAAAAACGAGUAUGAUUGUGGUCUCUUUGUGCUCUACUUCAUCGAGCGGUUUAUCAGAGAGGCGCCUGAAAGGCUAAGAACUGAAGAUCUUGCCAUGUUUGGUCGCAGCUGGUUCAAACCCGAAAUGGCUUCUGAGUUGAGGCAGAGGAUACGAAAGCUGCUGCUCGAAGAAUUUGAGAGUUCUAGGCUGGAGGGACUAGCAGAGUCCAAUAGUUCAGAAAGCGAUGUCGAGCAAGAAAGCGAUUCCUGAUCAAAAUCCUAAGGUUGAAAUUUAGCUUUUAAUGGUCUACUCAUCACAAAUUUGGCCUUCUCUAACUUUUUUGGCGAAAAAAAAAAGAAUUGUAUAGGCAAGGUUUUCUCGUCCUUUUAUUCUUUUUUGCUAUGAGAAAGCCUUGGAUUUUUUUUUUUUCCUGUUUUAAUGUGCCUCAUAGACUUAUAUCAGAUUGGAGUUUUUAAGUUGUUUUUCCUUCUGUUAAUUUGUGAAUGUCUAGGAAACUCCAGGAGCGGCAGUAAACACCGAGAAAUUGACCUGUGUAUAUUAUGAAUCUCUUUUCUUGCACUCUUUUGCAUUUGUCUGAAAAUCAAGAUUGUCAAAAGAGAAUGUACUUAAUUUUGUUAAAAAAAAAGAAGGAAAAAGUGAGGUCAACAUCUUUCUUUCUGUUUUUUGACCUAUAAAAAGGUUAAUUCAAGCUUGGUACAAAUUAUUUUA